CGGCCCCCAAUUGGGUCAUGCAAUUUGAAUUUGCUCAGCUGACCAGGAGCUGACUAACGCAGGAUCAUGAGCGACGGAUCUGGGCCGCGGGUGCAGUUUACCAAGACCUCCUGCUAUCUGUGCAGUGAGUGGCUCAGCGACGAUGCCAUCGAGCAACACCUACAAGAGUGCAACCGGGUCCUCGACCUGUGCCCAGAGGGUUGUGGGCUUCUGGUGCUACGAAGAGACCUGGCGUCCCACAAGAACCGCUGUGCCGCUGGAUUCAGCGAAGAUGGCGAAACAGCUACAGUGAAUCACCAACAACCCACCACCACCAUCAACCACACCGACACACCCGUUUUCUUGCCCCCGGAGCCUACCAUCGUUGGUGGAGAGGUAAACGAGCUACGCCGUAUGCUGUUGCAGAUGCACCAGGCACUCGGUGAGGAAAUGGUGUUGCGCACGGAACUACUGGAUCAGGUCCGGCGCCUGAAGCAACGGCUGGAGCUGGCCGACCAGUGGACGGUGAAGGUGAACGAGGCGCUGGUGUCGAUGAACAAGCUGGUGAACGAGGAAGCUAACCGCCGCAGCGUUGCUGUCCGGAGUCUCGAGCGCCGGCAAGAGCUGCUGGAGGCUUGGCGCCUUGACAUUACCACUCGCUUCAACGUGAUUGAAAGUAAACCAGGUGUCGUGCGCGAAGGAAUCCACGCCAGUGUGGCACCGUCGGAUGGCGGCGGGGUCCGUUCGUCGGUGCAAAGUGUCGGCGGCCACCUGGAACAGGAGUGUCCGGAGCUGCAGCGAAUGGUGGAGAGCCUGGCCGAGCGGCAGGCUAAGACAGCGUGUCGGGUGCAGGACGCGUUACGACAAACGUUCGAGGGCGAGGAGCGGGUCCAGGUGCUCAGCGGGCAGGUGGAGAAGUACCGUCGCGAAACCUACUACACCAAGCAGCGCCUGGACAGCCUGCAGGCCCAGCUGCUGCACGAGGACAGGCUGAGUGGCAUCAGCAGCCAGAAUGGGCGUUGUGUCUGGCAUAUCGGCGGUUUCGAGCAGCGGUUCAGCGAGUCCCAGGAGCACGACACCAUGCUGAAGGGGCCCGUGUUUACGCACCAACCGUUCGGCUACGUACUGCAGAUGGAAGUGAGCUUGUACGGGAUCGGGACCUGGCGAGGCCGGAACAUGAUCGUCGGGCUGACGGUGCUGCGCGGGCCACACGAUCCGCUCCUCCAGUGGCCCUGUCGUCUGCCCGGGACGGUGUACCUGCGCGACCAGCCGGACAACGGGGCGACGGCGUGUGACUUCAGCAAGCCGAUCCUGGCCAAGCGUCAGAGCCAGCAGCACGAUCGCCACCAGUACGUGUACAUCCCGCAUGCCACCGUGCGCUCGCAGCACUUUCUGCGCGACGACGCCAUCUUCCUGGAAGUGGUACUCGACCGCCGGAUGCCGGAUGGCGACGCCGUCACGUAGCCGCGUGCUGUGGUGGGAAACGUUCAAUGCGAC